AAAAAGUCCAACACUGUCGUCACUAUGAACCUCCAAGAGGAACCACCGGAGAAGAAGAAGACCAAGAACUCGUCGCCACCACAUUCACCUCCAUCGUCUUCAUCUCCAUCGCUUUCCCUAAUUCCCGACGAAAUCCUUGUGAACUGCUUAGCCCGGGUCUCGAGGUCGAACUACCCAACACUCUCACUCGUUUCGAAAACCUUCCGUUCAAUCCUCUCUUCCACAGAGCUCUACGCAGCAAGAGCUCACCUACGAACCACCGAGCAGUGUCUCUACCUCUGUCUAUGGGAUUGUGGAAGUUAUAGAUUUCCCCAUUGGUUCACACUUUGGACUAACCCUAACCGAACCCUACCCGACUCCAUGAUUAGGAAGAGGAAGAAGAAGAAGAAGAAGAAGACAGCUGGACAGUUGUUGGUUCCGAUUAACUCUUCUAAUUCUCCAUCUUUUACAACGGCCACUGCUGUUGUUGGUUCUGAAAUUUAUUUAUUCGGCGGCGGACUAGUCGGUUAUGAACCGUCCUCUGAAGUGCAGGUGCUUGAUUGUCGCAGCAACACGUGGCGUGAUGCCCCUAGUAUGAAUGUAGCCCGGAAAUUUUUACCCACUUGUGUCUACGAUGAGAAGAUAUAUGUAAUGGGAGGGUGUGAAAGAUUAGAGGACGAAUCGUGGGCUGAGGUGUUCGACACAAAGACUCAGACUUGGGAACUUCUCCCUGAUCCGGGUGAUGAGAUACGUAACUGUCGCAUUAACAGAAUCAGAGAGAUCGAAGGUAAAAUUAAGUUCGGCAAUGUAGAAAGAAAGAUGUAUGGUUAUGACACGAAGCAAUGUGAAUGGGAGAACUGUGUAAACGAAAGCGUGAUAUAUGCGAGGUGGGAAUGUAUAAUGGAGAAUGUUUCAUAUGGCUUUUGGAACAAGCGAUUGUUGUGGUAUGACAUUGUAAAUGGUUAUUGGAAAGCGGUGAGAGGGUUAGAGUCAUUACUAGGGAUGUACAUGAGGAAUGGUGGCUCAAGGGGUAAUAAGACUAAACUAGUUAGCUGUGGUAGGAAGAAGAUUUGGUGUGCGGAAAUCGUGAUAGAAGAGCGUGAUGAUGGAGUUGAGCGUUGGGGAAUUGUUGAGAAGGUUGAGGUUUUGCGUACCGUCCAUAGAGUAUGUCAGCUCUUGCAUUGCCUCGUUGUCUCGGUUUGAUUGACUUGUAAACCAGGUAUGAUGUUCGAACUGUAGGAUCUAACUGUAGUAUCUGGAAAUAGUUGUUUUACAGAUCCAUCUUUGGUCAAUAUCACUGAGUUAGGCCUUCAUUGUCUUUCUCUACAUUUAUAUAUACACGGAUCCCUUUUGGCUAAGAGCUUGACUGGUUCUCCCGCUAGCUCCCGCAAAUGCUGCGUUUGCGUUUGCGGGCGGUUGCUAGCGUUUGGGGCCAAUCACACAAAUCGCUCCCAAUCGCUCCCAGUC